UGCUCAAACAUUUUAAUCUCUUAUACAGAAGUUAUUAACGACACAUAUAGAUUUAAACGUGCGCCAACAAACCGGAGUUUUUAAUGAUUGUAUUGAAAGUACAUUUAAAUUUAUCGAUUUCAACUUGUCGUAAAUUCCAUGUCCUACGUUACACCGAAGAUUCAGUGAAGUGCAGGCAGGGCUCUCCAAUUUGACCUGUGACCCUGCCGGAAUGGGACCGUAGGUUGUCAAUACACGCCAGUGUCGAAAUCGGGGGAUAGUAGAAAGAGGGGGGAAACAUCGUACAUUUUUUUCUUAUUUUAUUGGAUUUCUGAUUAUUUUGAAUUGGAGGGAGUUUGUGUGCGCGCCUGUUUCUGAUACUCCGCCGGUGAACAUGACGUGAUCCCCUGGGAUAUGUUAUUUAUUCCUCGGGAAAAAUUGUUUAUAAUGGAAAAUGUUAAUCUAUGUGUGGUACUGUUCCUUCUCAUUCCAACACAGGUGAUAGUUGCGUGUGAGACCGGAAGUAGUAAUGAUUCCUGUUGGUACACGUUUUGGUAUGUCUGGGUUGCUCUUGGACUCUUCAUCACAGUUUUAAUCACCAUGGUUAUAGUCUAUUACAAACACAAGUGGUCCAAACGGAGAACGCGCGUGCGCAGAAUAGCAGUCGUUCAUCCGCAGAAUCCACCCCCUUACGAGGCACCCAGUCAACUUCCGCCUAGCUAUGAAGAUGCUCUCAAACACAGCGUCGCCGUCAACGUACCCGGAUAUCACGUGAUAGAGACAAGGCCUGUUGCGGGUAGGGGUCACCAGCUCGUAAAUGUCCAACCUACCUCUCAAAACCAAACCCACCAGACCAGAAGCGUUCAGUCACGUGACAGUCUGCAAUCCAUGCCACCUAAUUACGAGCAUGCCACUUCCAGCCGGAGUUGAUGCAUGCGCAAUGGGAUGACCUAUAAUGCCACGUUCAUGACAAUCGACCGCCAUUCCGUUUGUGAAUUGAAAUACUAUGGUGUUGACGCAUGUGCAAUUAAACGGAAGCUAUUCAGCUGGUUCCUGGCGUACAUCUGUGAUAUUUUACUCACCUGUUAUCUGUGAUACGUGAUUUAAACGAAGCCUUCUCUUUUCAUGAAGGGAAAUGUAGUGGAUCAUCAACGUUAGUGUUGAUGCUAUCAUAAAACUGUAUUCAUGAAAAUUUGUUUUAUUUUUAUCGUUUUUAAUAAAUUUGUUUUAUCAAUA